AUGGCUUCACAAACCCCACCAGAAAACGGUCUCCAUCCCCCUCGUGAAUUCCCCGAUCCCGCAGAAUACUUCGACGACCCGCGAUUCAACCGCAAAUUCAUCCUCCCCCCGACUCCAGACCUCCCAGAGAACUUUCAAGUAACAUACGCCGACUUUGGCCACGAAGACCCUUCAGACACAUCCUCCACAAACGUCCUCCUCAUCUGCGGGCCCCUCCUCGGCAGCCGUUAUCUCCACAUCGCCAAAGACACCCUCGCCAAACGCCACAAAGUCCGCAUCCUCGACAUCGACCGCCCAGGCUUCGGCGGCACCACCCCGGUGCCCCCCAACCUGCGCAUCCGCGCCUGGCUGGCCAUCGUGCCCGCGCUCCUCGCCCACCUCUCCAUCCGCCACGUCGCCCUGGCCGCGCACUCCGGCGGCACCCUCUACGCCCUCAACACCCUGCUGCACCACCGCCACCUGCUCUCCCCCGCCCGGCCGUAUGUGGCGCUGUGCGCGCCGUGGGUGCACCCGUCGCACUCGGGCGCCGCGCUGAUGAGCCUCACGAGCAGCCUGCCGCAGGGCCUCGUGGGCUCGUUCGACAAGGUCGCCGGCUUCAUGAUGCGCAGCCUCGUCCCUUCGACGGUCGGCUUCAGCAACGCCGUGAGCGGCAUGUUAAGCGGGAUCGUGCCGAGUCUUGCGGAGGAGUAUACCGCGCCCGGGGUGAGUGAUGUACGCCUCGCGGAGUUUGAGGAGAAGAUCUGGUGGAAGCUGGUUAAGCGGGUGUAUGCGGAGAGCGUGCAGGGGUUAGGGCAGGAUGCGGUGCUGCUGCUGAAGAGGGAUGGGAAUGAGAGUUUCUGGGGCGAAUGGGGGGAUUACGAUACGCUGGUACCGCUGUUGGCGCAGCAGGAGAGGGAGCUGGGAGAGGGUGGCGGGUUGGAGGUUGAGGUGUUCUUCGCGGCGUCGGAUGCGAUGAUUGGGACGGGCGACGGGCCCAUAUGGUUUGAGCAGUGUUGGAGGGAGGAGCAGAGGGGGGAGAAGAUCAAGUUCUCGAGCUCUGUGGUCCCGGAGGCGGAUCAUGAUUCGAUUGUGAGUUUGAGGUUUGAUGUGUUUGAGCGGAUUAUUAGGAGCGUUGGAGGUGUAGUUACGAAGGCGGCGUCUCCUGUUUCUGCAGAGCAGACUGCGGUUUGA